AUGUCGGAAGACAAUAAAGACUCUGGCCCGGCCAGGUCUCGCUCGACUUCACUAUCAAGUUCCGAUCUCGAUUCCCUUGCAUCGAGGACAAGAUCGCGCUCGCGCAGUCUGGCCGGUUCAUUCAAGACGAGACUGCGGUCUCUGUCAAACCCUGGAAUGGCACAGGUCGAUCGGGUUUAUUCAGGAAGACAUAUGAACGACCAAUCUGUCUACCAUAGUGAUGAUGGAUCUAACGACGACGAAUCACCCCAGGGCGAAGGAAGACCCGAUACGAUACAGGAAGUGAGGAAUGGCGUCGUGAACGAGCGUGAUCUCGAUUUGGAGAAGGGGGAUGCGCAACAUCCGGAGCUCGAGAAAUCCAGGACAGCAAAGUCGAAUCGGUCGCGACAUGAUCCGACAUUGGUGACCUGGGAUGGUCCUGAUGACCCUGAAAACCCUAAGAACUGGAGCAACAAAAAGAAGUGGGCAGCUACCAUUACAGUCUCCCUAUUUACAUUUAUCUCGCCAGUUUCAUCUUCCAUGGUUGCGCCAGCACUCUCGUCCCUCGCCGCGGAAUUCAAUGUUACGGACCAAGUGGUUUCACAGCUCAUGCUCUCAAUCUUCGUGCUAGCCUACGCUGUAGGCCCGUUGUUCCUCGGUCCUCUUUCGGAGAUCUACGGUCGAACAAUCGUUCUCCAACUAGCCAACCUUUUCUUCCUCGUCUUCAACAUCGGAUGUGCAGUCUCCCAGACCAAGGUUCAAAUGAUCGUCUGCCGUUUCUUCGCGGGACUAGGAGGAAGUGCUCCCCUGGCCAUUGGCGGUGGUGUCCUUUCAGACUGCUUCCUCGCCGAAGAGCGCGGAAAAGGCAUAGCAAUCUACAGUUUGGCACCCCUACUAGGCCCUGCCCUGGGCCCAAUAGCCGGCGGCUUUAUCGCGGAAAACACCACCUGGCGCUGGGUCUUCUACUCCACAUCAAUCCUCGACGGCCUGAUCCAAUUAAUGGGACUAUUCUUCCUGCGUGAAAGCUACGCUCCGAAAAUCCUCCUCGACCGAGCCAAGCGCAUCCGCAAAGAAACCGGCGACGAAUCCUACCAAACCGAAGCCGAGCGUCAAAAGAAAACCCUCCCCCAAGUCCUCCGCGGCUCACUCAUCCGCCCAUUCAAGCUCCUCCUCACCCAACCAAUCGUCCAAGUCCUCGCCCUAUACAUGGCCUACAUCUACGGCAUCAUGUACCUCGUGCUAUCGACCUUUCCCUCCCUCUGGACAAGUCCCGAAUACUACAACGAGUCCACCGGCAUCGGCGGCCUGAACUACAUCUCGCUCGGUCUCGGCUUCUGGCUCGGCUCCCAGAUCUGCGCCCCGCUCAACGAUCGAAUCUACCGCCACCUGAAAGCCCGCAAUGGCGGCGUUGGAAGGCCUGAGUUCCGCGUGCCGCUCAUGUUCAUCGGUGCCUUUUUCAUUCCGUCGGGCUUGUUCAUCUACGGCUGGACGGCCCAGGAACACUGCCAUUGGAUCGCGCCGAAUAUUGGCGCCGUGCUGUUUGGUACGGGUACUAUUAUUGCCUUCCAGUGUAUCCAGACUUACAUGGUUGAUACGUAUACACGCUUUGCGGCGAGUGCCCUUGCUGCUAGUGCGUUUUUGCGGUCGUUGGCUGGCUUUGGGUUUCCGUUGUUUGCCCCGUAUAUGUAUGAUGCUUUGCAUUAUGGUUGGGGUAAUAGUCUGCUGGCUUUCUUGGGGAUUGUCAUUGGUGUUCCUGCGCCUGUGUUCUUGUGGAAGUUUGGUGAGAUGUUGCGCAAGAAGAGUACCUAUGCUGCUGGAUAA